AUGAGCGCAGUAGAGAAAUUAAUUGAACAAAUAGAAGAAAUUAGCAAUUCAGAAGUAUCAGAUAUCGCUAUAUCAACUUUUAUCUGUGAAAAUUUGCCUAGUUUGCUUUCAGACAUCUCUAUAGGUUGGAAUAAUUUACUGAAUAUCUUAGUUUCUCUUCCAGACAGAAUUGCAAACAAAUUUAAACACAAUUUACUGCACGCAGAGACCUAUUUUUGUGACCUAUGCUGCGCUCUCUUUAAGCAAGAUUUAGAAAGCAGUGAAGUUCUUUUCAGUAAGACAUUAGAGAUCAUUGAUAAAAUUUUAUUAAGAAGAAAACCUCUUCCCGUAGUAAAAGCUCUUCAGAAAUCUUCUCCUACCAAAACUAUUAUAGAGCUAUUAUCAUCUUUAAAAGUAAUUUCUCCUCUUCUGAUUUGCAUAUUCAAAGAAAUGCCUCUUGCUGAAAUUUAUAAUUAUUUUCCAACCUUCACUCCAACGUUCGCAGUCUUUUUUACAUCUCAAUUACCUUUUAAGGCAGUUUGCUCCACAUACGAAGACUCUGUGAAGCUUUCUGCUUUGCUUGAUCAUUAUUCUUUGUCUGAUAACUGCCUAAUAAAUGCUUCCCAAGAGUGAAGCAAAGAAUCUUUACUAAAAGAGUCCAAUCUCAGCACAAAUUAUUGUAUUUUCUAGUCAGUUCUAACUCUGCUUAUAUACCACAAUAUCCAUGCAGCACUUCCAGCCCCAAUCGCAAACUACAUUUUUUCAGGAGUUCAAAUCCGACUUUCAUCCACAAACAUAAAAAUAAGAAACUCAGGCUUACUUAUUGCAUCUGCUGUAUCACAAAUUAUGCACCCAGAAAGUCCAUCAAUUAAGUUUAGUUUGGAAGAUUUUCUAGCUGAAAAUAAAAUCGAUUUCGGAAGUAGUGAUAGUGAAAAGGAAGAUGAAGAAGAAGAAAUUACAAGAGACAGUCCAAUGUAUUUAGAAGACCUUAUACAAGGGCUAAGGUCCGAGCAAAAAGAUAGAAACGUCGCCGCCAUUAAUGCAGCUGAAGAGUUAAUAGGAGCUGAUCUAGAUGAACUUGAUUUAGUUUAUGAGAGCUUAGCUGACGUGCUAUUUAAAUGUCCAAAUCAAUUUAAUUUAAAAGACUUUGAAGAAAAAAGAUUAAAAGCACUAAUUAGUUUGACGUUUUUAAAGCCUAAAGAAAUGUGCGACAUUUUAAUAUCAAGACUAAAUUCCGAAAAUAAAUCUGCGGGAAGUGAUAUCCUUGUUUAUGAUGUCAUAAGAGAAUCAGCAAAUAAACUAGCAAAUCCUCCAACCAAAAAGCCACAAAUUUAUCACUCUGAAAAAUCUGAAAAAUUAACCCCAGCCCAACAAAUAAUUAAAGAGAGACUUAAACUUAAGACAAAAAGAUACCACAAGACAAUACAUAAACCUAGCAUAGACCACCCAAAUUUAUUUUUUCCUCACUUUCAGUAUUUCAGUUCUGGUAUUAUAAAAUCAAUCAAUAAUAAAACAAACCCCUCAGUUUUGUCCAAAGCAAUAUACACAUUAAGUGAAAUAAUUGAAUGCACUGGGCCUUCUUGCACUGUUGAUAUUGCUGCUCAAUGUGUAUACAUGAUAAGAAGUAUAGUAAAACCAAAUAUUAUUUCUGAAAAGAGAGAAGUCGUUGACUCUUGCUUCUUGCUACUAGUUGAAAUAUGUGAAAAAUUGCAAAAUGGGGUAGAAACACUUGGAAAUUUCCCUACUUUUGUGAAUGACAUUGAAGAAUUGAUUCAUAUUAUUGCAGCUGCACCUGCUGAAUUUCAAGAAACAGCUACAAAAUGUUUGAUUGAUCUUGCAACUUUGCAGGCUUAUUCAAACUAA